UCUUGUCCUCCGCAUGUGAGCAGCUCGCUCGAUCGGCUCGGACAAGAAGCAACCCGCUUCAACCCCCGACCAUCGAUCGGCUUGAUCAUAGUGGAGUGCUGGGGUGGUAGUAUAUAGGCGUCUCGAGGCGGAGGACAUGGUGAAGUUCUCGCGGGAGUACGAGGCCAGCGUCAUCCCGGAGUGGAAAGGGGCCUUCGUCGACUACAAGGGACUCAAAAAGCUCAUCAAAAAGAUCAAGCUCGCACAGCGCGACGCCGACGGCAGCAGCUCGGGAGACUCCUCGUCGGAGGAGGCCGCCCUUGCCGCCGGUGUCGAGAGCGUCGGCUAUGGCGGUGGCUUCUCCGUGCUCGACCCCGUCCACGCCCUGGCCUCCCGGUUCUCCUCGGAGGACGAGGAGAGCGGGGAUUCCGGGGAGCUCGUGCCAUCCACGGACAAGCAUGAGCGGGAGUUCCUGGAGAAGGCCGACGAGGAGCUGGAGAAGGUGAACACCUUCUACGCGACGAAGGAGGCGGAGCUGCUGGGCCGCGGCGAGGCGGUCAUCGACCAGCUGCGCAUCCUCGCCGACGUCAAGCGCAUCCUGGCCGACCACGCCGCCACCCGUCGCGCCAGGGGCACACUCUCCAUGGUGGCACCGUCCUCGCCGGCGCUCAGCGGCUCCGGCCUGGCCACGCCGCAGUCCAUGUCAGAUGGGAGCGCGGAGCUGCAGCAGGCGCAGAUGACGGAGGGCGCGGCGGUGGCGGACGAGGUGAUGGCUGCGCUGGAGCGCAACGGCGUCAGCUUCGUGGGGCUGCCGGGGAAGAAGGACGCCAAGAAGGAGGGCAGCGGCAGGGGCGGGAGGCCGUCGACGGUGCGGAUCGACAUCCCGGCGAGCAACCCAGGGCGGGCGGCGCUCAAGGUGUGGGAGGAGCUGGUGAACGUCCUGCGCAAGGACGGUGCCAGCCCCGCCGCCGCCUUCGUCCACCGGAAGAAGGUGCAGCACGCCGAGAAGAACAUCCGCGACGCCUUCAUGGCGCUCUACCGCGGCCUCGAGCUGCUCAAGAAGUUCAGUUCUCUGAAUGUAAAGGCCUUCACCAAGAUUCUCAAGAAAUUCGUCAAGGUGUCGGGGCAGCAGCGAGCGACAGACCUUUUCUCGCAGAAGGUGAAGGGAUCAUCGUUCAACACCUCCAACAAGGUUCUUCAGCUGUCGGACGAGGUGGAGUCACUCUUCCUGAAGCACUUUGCGGGCAACGACAAGAUGGUGGCGAUGAAGUACCUCAACCCAAAGCAGCCCAAGAGCACGCACAUGGUCACCUUCCUCGUAGGGUUGUUCACGGGCACAUUUGUGAGUCUAUUCAUCAUAUACACCAUCCUGGCACAUGCUUCCGGCAUUUUCGCCUCUGUCGGAGACACGGCCUACCAUGAAGUAGUCUACCAUGUCUUCAGCAUCUUCGCGCUCAUCAGCCUGCACUGCUUCCUCUAUGGAUGCAACCUGUUCAUGUGGAAGAGCACACGGAUCAACCAGAACUUCAUAUUCGACUUCGUGCCCAACACUGCCCUCACGCACCGGGAUGCCUUCCUCAUGUCCGCCUUCAUCAUGUGCACUGUUGUCACCGUGUUGGUCAUCAACCUCUUCCUCAUAAACGCCGGUGUGCCCUACACCAAUGCCGUGCCAGGGGCUCUCAUAGUCUUGUCGGCCGGACUUUUAUUCUGUCCAUUCAACGUGUUCUACCGCUCGACGCGCUACUGCUUCAUGCGCAUCAUGCGCAAAAUCAUAUUCUCGCCAUUCUACAAGGUUGUGAUGGCCGAUUUCUUCAUGGCUGAUCAGUUAACUAGUCAGAUCCCAUUGCUAAGGCACACGGAGUUUGCAGCGUGCUACUUCAUGGCAGGAAGCUUUAGGGCUUACCCAUAUGAGACUUGUACUAAGAACCAGCAGUACAAACACCUGGCCUAUGUGAUCUCUUUUCUCCCUUACUACUGGAGAGCUAUGCAGUGUUUAAGAAGAUACCUGGAGGAACAUGACGUAAAUCAACUCGCCAACGCUGGGAAGUACGUGUCGGCGAUGGUUGCGGCUGCUGUCAGGCUCAAGUACAAAGCAACACCGACGCCAUUCUGGGUGUGGAUGGUCCUCAUAACGUCCACAGGCACCACGGUGUACCAGCUCUACUGGGACUUUGUCAAGGAUUGGGGCUUUUUCACUCCCAAAUCUAAGAACCUAUGGCUUCGAGAUGAUCUCAUCCUUAAGAACAAGUUCACUUACUACGUUUCCAUGAUGCUAAAUCUAGUGCUUCGGCUAUCAUGGACUAAAAGUGUGAUGAAGAUUUCUAUUACCAAGAAUGAGACUCGCCUACUGGAUUUCUCCCGUGCCUCCCUGGAAAUAAUCCGACGAGGACACUGGAAUUUCUACAGGCUGGAGAACGAACACUUGAACAAUGUCGGCAAGUUCAGAGCAGUGAAGAUUGUCCCAUUGCCAUUUCAUGAACUCGAAACCGAUUGAUGAUUAAGACGGAGAGAAGAGUGUAACAACGUGCUCCCGAUACCAAAGGAUCGGCUUAGCCCCCAUUCGGCCCCAUCCUCCAAGUCGCUCCAUGCAACCGCCAGCGGCAUGGCUGCCCCCAAGCUCACUCCUGGCACCCCAGGCACACGCGGUGCAGCUGGCGACGCCGAGCUUGGGGGCAGCGUCCGUGGCGUCCCAGCCGCAGGAGGUGCUAGACACUGAAGUCAGGAAACAUUGCACACUGAUAACAGUAGAUUGUUAGACACCAAUUGGUGCAAACCACUAAUAUGGGGAUCAAUUGAUAUACCAUCCAAUGUAACGGUAAUAGAU